AGGGCCAGCGCAUGCCUCACAACAGCCUCUCUCGGCUCAGCUCCCGCCUAGCUCCUGGUGGCCUUUUUAGGCCCCAAACUGCCCCAAGUCAAGCUCUCCAGGCCCACCUUCAGCCUCCCAAUGGCUUGGACAGGCCCAGCUCCUGAGUUAUCCAGGCCCAAAACUUCCUCGAGGUGCCUCUUCAGGCCCAGCUCCUGCAUCCUGGUGGCCUCACCAGACAACUUUCUCAAGUCUGCUAUUCCAGACACAUCUCAUGCCUCCCUGAGGGAGGCUCCUGCCUCUCGGCAGCCUCUGCAGGCCCAGCUCCUGCCUCACGCCUGUCUCGGCCUCUCCAGGCCCAGGUGCUGCCUCUCGGCGUCCUCUCCGGGCCCAGCUCUUCCCCCCGGCUGCGUCACAGGCCCAGCUCCUGCCCUCCCAGCAUCCUCUCCGGGCGCAAAACUUUCUGACACGCCCACCUUCCACUUCAACAUCCUCAAGCCCUAUGUGGCAAUUUUCAACAAGAGCGUGAACAUCAUGCACGACAAGUGGCAGCGCCUGGCCUCAGAGGGCAACACCAGACUGGACAUGUUUGAGCACAUCAGCCUCAUGACCCUGAACAGUCUGCAGAAAUGUGUCUUCAGCUUUGAUAGCAAUUGUCAGGAGAAGCCCAGUGACUAUAUUGCCGCCUUCUUGGAACUCAGUGCCUUUGUAGACGAAAGAAACCAGCAGAUUCUCCUGCACUCGGACUUCCUGUAUUAUCUGACUCCGGAUGGGCGGCGCUUCCGCAGGGCCUGCUGCCUGGUGCACGACUUCACAGACGCCGUCAUCCAGGAGCGGCGCCGCAGCCUCCCCACUCAGGGUACUGAUGGCUUCCUCAAGGACAAGGCAAAGUCCAAGACUUUAGACUUCGUUGAUGUGCUUCUGCUGAGCAAGGAUGAAGAUUGGAGGGAGUUGUCUGAUGAGGACAUAAGAGCAGAAGCUGACACCUUCAUGUUUGGGGGCCAUGACACCACGGCCAGUGGUCUCUCCUGGAUCUUAUACCACCUUUCAAGGCACCCAGAAUACCAGGAACGCUGCUGGCAAGAAGUCCGAGAGCUUCUGAAGGACUGUGAGCCUAUGGAGAUUGGUGAAACUCCCCCUGCACAGAGGCUGUCCUGCAGGCAUGGGGCUGGAAGGCUUCACACAAUCUCAAAGUCCUGGGACCCAAACUAUUACUCAGACCACGGAGCAGGUGAGGCAAGAGUUGGGCAAGGUAGAUCUUUAAUCCACCUCAUAGACUGGAGUGUGGGCUUAUGGCGUUUCUCCUUUCACCCAGUUAGCCUCCACUCUCAUUUACCUCUGUGCAGAAGGCUCAGCUAGGUGUGUCAACCAUUGUAAAUCCUCCACAUAAAUUAUAGGUUAACUGGAAUACAGAGACCAGGCAGGAGGAGGAGAGGAAAGGUAGAGAUACUUAUCUCUUCUCCCUUAUCAGAAGGAAACCUGGCAUAAGAAAGUUCAUGUUUAAUGGGCCAAAGAGUAAAUCAGAAAACUGCAGGGGUGAUGGUAUGCCCAUGGUGCUGGUGGGGAAUUCCCUGCCCUGGGGCCUCCCUUGAAUUAAUUUCUCCCCAGGACAAUGGGAAAUAACAUUUAAUCCUUGGAGGGUUUUGUUUGUUUGUUUGUUUUUGCCUGAGAGUGACUCUGAUCCUGUUUCUGGUG